AUGUCAAACAAUGGUAGAUGCUCAAUAAUUACAGAUGACUGCUAUAUUGCCAUCUGCAAACCUCUGCAUUACAUGCCCAUCAUGAAUCGGAGAGUCUGCACACUUCUUGUCUUCUCUUCAUAUCUAGUUUCAUUCUUAAUCGUAUUCCCUGCACUCAUGUUGCUCUUAUGCCUCUUAUGUAGGUCUAAUAUUAUUGACCAUUUUACCUGUGAUUAUUUUCCCCUGCUCCAACUUUCUUGUUCAGAUACAAAAUUCCCAGACAAAAUGGGGUUUUCCUGUGCUGUCUUUACUCUAAUGUUCACUUUAGCAUUAAUAAUUCUGUCUUACAUAUAUAUCAUCAGAACCAUUUUAAGAAUUCCUUCUACUAGUCAGAGGACAAAGGCAUUUUCCACGUGUUCAUCUCACAUGAUUGUCAUCUCCAUCUCUUAUGGCAGCUGCAUUUUCAUGUACAUUAAUCCAUCAGCAAAAGACAGAGUGUCUUUGAGCAAGGGAGUUGCUGUACUAAAUACCUCAGAAGCCCCCGUGCUGAACCCCUUUAUUUACAGCCUAAGGAAUCAGCAAGUCAAGCGAGCUUUCAUGGACACAACGAGGAAGAAUGUAUUGCUCACAAAAAAAUGUAAACAUGUAAUCUCAUGA